GCAGCCCAGGCACUUUGUUUUGGUAACACAUGGCUCCAUUUAACCUGUCCGUAUUGACUCUUGUAACCUGUCUUUGUGCCGCGUAAGGAAGUCAGUCUUCAAUCUCAGUUCUGUGAACUUGCUCUCAAUAUUCUUCAACAGGAAAUGAGAGAGAGACAGAAGCAGGCAAGUUGAGACCAGCGUGCACACAGAACACACAGAGAUAGACAGCUUUCAAGUUCCCAACACCCAACCAAUACAAUCACAAAAAAACGGGUAAGUCUUUAACAACAUUGGAGAGAAAAUAGACACAGGAAAACACAAAACCGCUUCUUCACGUCUAGAGAAUGGAUGUUUACUAGACGGAAUAACAUGAGCCUGCAGCCUCCUAAAGCAAGUUCCAAGCCGACAUCUCUGCAAACCAUCUCCUGAGAAGUGCCGUAGCCUCUUUGGGAGAGAUGGAGAAGGGUUUGCAAUCCACCACGGAGUAUGUGCUGGUGGAAUACGAGUUUGAAUACGCUUCGAGGGACGGCAGCCUGAUAACAAUCAAACCCAAUGAACGGUACAUCCUUCUGUCGAGAACAAACGACAACUGGUGGCACGUUAGAAAAGAUGAAAACACCAAAGCCUUUUACAUCCCGGCCAAGUACGUGAAAGAGCUACCAUCCAAAAUACCAUCUGUGUUGGAUUUCCACCCCGCCAAUGUCGACAGCAAGAAAGAUCCCUCCUUCGAUUUGAUGAGUGACAAGCCAACUGACGCAAGAGUCCAGUUGCGUUCUAACUUAAACUAUAAGAAAAAUGAGUACCGUUUAUCCACGUUUGGUGUCCCAAUGGAAAUACAUGAUUCCGUUUAUAAACCUACAGCAUCUGAAUCUUUGAUUGCCAUAAAACCUACUUCAGCAGAACUCAACACAUCUCCACCAUGCACCACAAAUACUUCACUUCAAGCAGUCAACCAGAAAAAUGUGAAAAUAUACAGCCUGGAGCCUGGUUUCUUGUUAGGUCCCAAAGGAUCUGUGGAUGAAUGGCCUUCACAUAAUUUAAAAGUAAGAGCAGGAUACACUGUGGGACUUAAUACAGCACCAUGCUUAAGCCCAUCUGAUCCAGUUCGACCACAGUCCACGAGGGACAAUUUAAGUGGAACGCAUAAGUCUGUAGAUAACAUGCACAAACAAAACCAACCACCCCCAGUUAUAUCUAGACCUGGAAGACAGCGUGCAAGCUCUGAAAGGACAUAUGAUGAGAUUGAAAAUGUGUAUGAGUCUAUUCCAGACAUACUGGAACCAAAAUAUACCUCACCAGCAAAGGGAACAGCAACCACUACACCAAAGCUUGAAAGUGAGAAUCCAGAUGCCACUGUGUAUGCGAAUGUUGCUGAGCUAAAACAAGAAGCUUCCCGGAUUUCUCCCACUCCUCAUUCCACAAAAAGACAUUUGUCUUCAGAGACUCAGAACUGGGAGGUGCAUACAGACCAGGGGAGUGGACAGGAGUUCUACUACAACCUGGACACCAGAGAAACAACCUGGGACAGCCCGUUCAGUGACCAGGAGGAGGCUACUGAGGACCAGCCUUCCACCUCCCCCUCCCCCUCCCCCUCUCCCACUGCGAGCCCCAGCGGCAGCACGGAAUGGGAACAGCACCUUGACGAGGCUAGCGGCCAGUACUACUUUUACAACCCUCAAUCCGGAGAGACUUCUUGGGAGCCGCCAGAGCAAGAGGAGCCGUCGUUGCCACAUCACAUGGAGGCUGAAAACCAGUCACAAAGCAGGCAACCCCUUCCAGAAGAGGAUUAUCUUACAUUCUCUGAAAAGCAGGAUGUGGAGGUCUCUCCGAAUUUGUUACUCGAAAACUAUUCCACAGUCAAGAGAGACCGGAUCCCCCAGGUUAAACUCGAUGCAGACAUGCCGGAGGGCUGGUCAAGCGAGAUAGACAAGGAUGGACAAAUGUGCUAUACAAGCAAUUACACCCAAGAACAGUGGAUAAAGUCAAAGGAUGAGCAUGGACAGAUCUACUUCUACAAGACUGAUGGAUCAAAAUCUCAAUGGACCUUACCUCAGCUGUAUCCUCGCCCCAACCAACCACGAAUAAGGAACGGAUUUGACCCAGAUGGCAAAAUGCCGAUGGAGAAUUGGCGGCACACGAUGAUUGCUCCAGUCUCUCACAUGGGGUCGCAGGACCAGGAGGGCACCAAAUGUUUACCUACACACAGAAGAAAUGUGUCGUCUGAAUUUGGAAAAGAGGCUUUGAGUUAUGGAAACCCUCUUGAAACCCCACAACCUUCAAAUAAUCUGGAAAAGGCGGGCAUUCUUAACAAGACGAAGACUGUCGAAAAUGGAAAACGACUCAGAAAAAACUGGACUCAGUCAUGGACUGUUCUGCAUGGGGAAAUUCUAACCUUUUACAAAGAUCCCAAAUCUCAACAAACAGGGACCUUGAAGCAGUCUAAUCAGAUUGUCCCUGAGUAUACAGUAGAAUUACGAGGAGCAACGAUUGGCUGGGCAUCGAAAGAUAAAUCUAGCAAGAAGAACGUUUGUGAGUUGAAAACCCGUAACGGCUCGGAAUACCUAGUACAGUAUGACAAAGAAACUAUUAUCAACGACUGGCAUAAAGUCAUAAUGGAGACCAUCAGGAAGCUGCGUCCAGAUCAUCCUUCGGAAGAUGAAGAAAGUGUGAACGAAUCCUUUGACAGUGAGAAAUCCCCAAGUGCCACAGACAAAGACAAAGAGAAAGACAAGAAGAUCCGCUCCACACGACAAAGUUUCUCCAGCACGCAUACAGACACAGAUCCAAAGAAGGUGCGCACUAAAUUGAGGAAAUUUCUGCAGCGCCGACCAACACUGCAGUCUGUCAGGGAAAAGGGGUACAUCAGAGAUCAAGUUUUUGGAUGUUACUUAGACGCACUGUGUGAGAGGGAGAAUACAACAAUACCAGUCUUUGUGGAGAAAUGUAUCCAGACAGUAGAACAACGAGGUCUAGAUAUAGAUGGCAUUUAUCGUGUUAGUGGGAACUUGGCAGUCAUUCAGAAACUGCGCUUCAAGGUAGAUCAUGAGGAGAACCUGGACUUGGAAGACGGCCUAUGGGAGGAUAUCCACGUUGUUACUGGAUCCCUAAAACUCUUUUUCCGUGAGCUGCCAGAGCCCCUCUUCCCUUUCACCCACUUUAAGAAUUUUAUUGCUGCAAUCAAAAUUCCUGGCCAUAACGAGAAAAUAAACUACAUGAGGGAUUUGGUGAGAUCUCUUCCUCGGCCCAACCAUGACACCAUGAGUCUUCUCUUCCAGCAUUUACGCAAGGUGGUGGAGUACAAGGAGGUGAACCGCAUGUCUGUUCAGAGCGUGGCUAUCGUUUUUGGACCCACACUCCUGAAACCGGAAUCUGAAACUGGAAACAUUGCCAUGCACAUGGUCUUCCAGAAUCAGAUUGUGGAAUGCAUUCUCAACGAUUAUGAACACAUAUUUCAGGACAGCUGAGUCGGGACUAGGCAGUGUAAACUUGGAAAUCAAAACUCACUUUUCAUAAUAGAAGCAUUUAGCCGCAGGUACACCGGAUGCUGCAUGAUGUGCACAUUUUGGAUUUCGUGACUCCUCACAUUUUGCACAAAAAAAAGAUUGUCGACUUUCACUUUAAGAAGUUUUAAUGAAAGGGAAUCCACGUCCGAUUUGGUAUUCUUUUGGCACUUUACAAGUCAAAUUGUUGUCAAUAUACACUGGGCGACGGAGGCUGGUGCCUGAAAUUGACUUUGAAUUCAGUCCUUCCACCACUUUAGACAAUGCUGAUUUCUACAUAGGUAUAUAUGUUACACGGGCAAAAAGCAGUUUUAAAAGAUCUUCUUGUAAUCCAAUUGUAUGGUUUUGAAAUUGAGGCGGUGUUGGGAGUGUAAGAAACAGGCUUCAAAAACCAGUUCCAUAUUUUUUACUGUAUUUUUUAGCUGUAUUUUUCUCUAUCCGUGCUGCAACGAAACAGGAUUAUGUAGUUAAGAACAUAAGAACAUAAGAAAGUUUACAAACGAGAGGAGGCCAUUCAGCCCAUCUUGCUCGUUUGGUUGCUAGUAGCUUAUUGAUCCCAGAAUCUCAUCAAGCAGCUUCUUGAAGGAACCCAGGGUGUCAGCUUCAACAACAUUACUGGGGAGUUGGUUCCAGACCCUCACAAUUCUCUGUGUAAAAAAGUGCCUCCUAUUUUCUGUUCUGAAUGCCCCUUAUCUAAUCUCCAUUUGUGACCCCUGGUCCUUGUUUCUUUUUUCAGGUCAAAAAAGUCCCCUGGGUCGACAUUGUCUAUACCUUUUAGGAUUAUGAAUGUUUGAAUCAGAUCACCGCGUAGUCUUCUUUGUUCAAGACUGAAUAGAUUCAGUUCUUUUAGCCUGUCUGCAUACGACAUGCCUUUUAAACCCGGGAUAAUUCUGGUUGCUCUUCUUUGCACUUUCUAGAGCAGCAAUAUCCUUUUUGUAACAAGGUGACCAGAACUGAACACAAUAUUCUAGGUGAGGUCUUACUAAUGCAUUGUAAAGUUUUAACAUUACUUCCCUUGAUUUAAAUUCAACACUUCUCACAAUAUAUCCGAGCAUAGUUCUGCAAAAAUCUGAACGUGGCUAGAUUUCGUAAGUGAUUGUUCUUGAAGUCUGAACGAUGGCUACUCUCAUGAAAAUAAUGCACCCAACCACUGUGCCUGAAUUGUGCCCAAAUGGUUUGGGGAGCGUGAUACGCAUCUCCCUUGGCCACCUUGAAUCGUAAUCCAAUUGAGCAUGCUUGGGAUGAACUAGAGCAAUGCAUUCCACAGUCCUCUUCUACCUCUCUGCACAAAUUGCCAAUAUUAACUACUGAAUGGAUUAACAUCCCUCAAGACACCUUCCAGCACCUUGUGGAGUGUAUGUCAUAUUGUAGCAAGGCUGUGAUCAGCAGUGUCAUCUCACUUGCUGCAAAACAUGUCAGUCAUUAGGGGAAGCAGCUGGUUGGUUAAUGACAGGAAAGGAGGCGUUAGAGGUGGACAGAAAUUCACAUUUCCGAGGUUAAAUGAGGAAGUGCACUUUCUUUAACCUAGUAUGGUACCAAAUACCAAUUUUUAAACUUUAAAUAUAACAAGUGCUUCUUUCAAAACUGGAUAAAUUAGACCUAUAUAGCAAAUGGAACUAAAUGACAGUAAAGAUUAAAUGUAUUAUUUCACUUGCUAUGAUGCCUUUAAAUUGUACUAAAGUGCAGUAUUAGAUCAAGAGACAGGAGGGGUAUGGGGUGGCAUAGGAGGUAUUGGAAAGAGGUGAUGGGGUUUAUUUAUGGUGAAAGUAAUGGAUAAAUCGGAUGGCUGCCAAAUAAUAUCUGCAAGAACUGUCAAUCCAGUUGUAUUUGGCUAAUGCUUGAGUCAAGUUAAUAAUAUUAUGAUUUAUUAUUUUAAAGAUGGUUAACUCAACGGGUGGCUUUUUUUUUUACCUUAAUAUAAUGUUUUAAACAUCAUACAAGUGAUUACGUAUAUGAAAGUGUGGAGUUUUAAAAUGUUCUGUAUGUAAAAAAGGCACUUGCAUGCAAAUUCUAUACCUGUUCAUUAGCAUGAAGCAAUGUUUGUUGAAGAUAAGCCCUUGAUAUGUAAUAAUAACUUUAAUGUCUGAUAUUGUGGACAGAAUACUGUAUUAUAUGAAGUUGUUUUUUUUUUACUGCCAUUAUCUUAAAUAAUGUCUAAGAAAAAGUAUUCAGUAAUAUACAAAUGUACAGUUUGUACAGUUCUUACUAAUAUAUUUGCAAGACUUUCAAAUAUAUAUAUAUAUUGAGCAAGCCAAUGCCCAACUGUAUAUUUCCAAAACAUUUAGGUUUAUUCAAGACUGGCAAAUGUCCUAUUUGUUUAUGUUUUUGUGUAUAUAAAUAAGGCAACAUACCGGUAAUGAAAGUUUAUUAACUAUUAUGAGCCUGUGCAUAUACAGUUUAUUCCAUAAAAUAAAAGAAGUACAUUUUUAUGA